CCAUGUCCGUACACAAGCAGCACGGUUACCAUGGUUACCGGCAGUCUUCACUGCUGCAAGUUUUACUUCCCUGCAAACAGCCUCCAGAGAGGGCUCCGUGUAAACACUGCUUGGGGGCUGAGGUCUGAUCUUACCACCUCCAUCCACCUCCUAGCUUUACCUAGCAAAAAUAAACUCUUUUUAUUUAGUGAAAGGAUUACAGCAGACGCUGAGACUGACAGCCUUAAUUGCCGGCCAGGGAAACCACACAAACACACCUUGCGGUCUGUCCCGUAGCAACUUACUUGGUUACCAAAGUUUUCCUGACUCUGUAAAUCAGUAAUUUAGCAGCACAGUCUCACUCACAGCAGCGGCUGCGCUAAUCUGUACAAGUAAUCUCUGUACAUGUGAGAUGGGAUGUCUGAUGGCUAAAUAAGACGGAGAGUCCCCCUGUCCCAAACAAGCUGUACCAUUUACAAUGAGGUCUGCAGUGACUCCAAGACCCCUGAAGUUCAAGGUGGACUCGGAGCACAACAUGAGUCAUCCCCGGGGGCCGCAAGUGUUACCUCCACUGCCUGCGCUAUCCGCCAGAGAGCCCUCAGAGCUGUUUCAGCUGGUCCUCAAACAUGGCAACUAUCCUCCAUUGAUGCAAAGCAAAUCAUGGACCUUGGCUGCUCCUUUCAAAGACCAACGAUUUUGCCGCAAUCCCAGCAACUGUAUCGCAAAUAAUUAUUCGCCUACAGCACGUGACCUGAAGUUUGCAGAGAUAUCAAAGGAUAUAAUGUCUCCAAGACCAAAUACGGCAAAGAUUUCACAAAGGAACAAAGUGUCAAUGUCUACAAAGGACGCUUCAUACAUCCAGAAAAAGCAGAAAAUGUCUCCCAGGAACAAAUAUAAUUGUGAUAGAUGGACGGCAACCAGGCUGAAUGCUGUUGAACCAUUUCUUCUAGAGGAGAAUGUGUCACAGAGAAACACUAUGGUCUGUCCAGGGAGCCGGCCAAUGACUCCUGAAGAACAAUUAGAGGUUAUGUUGCAUUAUGAGGAGGAAAUAUAUAAACAAGAGGAGAAACCAUCUCAGCGAGAUCUGGAGAGGUAUUUUCACUACAUACACCAUGGGAUUCAGAGAGAAAUGCUGGCACCCCAGACGAAGGAACAGAUGGACACAAUCUUAACAAUCGUUCCCAGCCAACUUUGGAAAAACCCAGCUCUGGAGAAAUUGCUUGAGGAAAUAAAGGAAGAGAUUGAAUAUGAUUACUACAUGAGCCUCAGGAAAAGUAUUGUUGACUAUAUCCUAAAGGAUCCAGAUGAGAAAGACAGACUGUGUAUUUUUAGCACCCUCCAUUCUUUUCCUCUUCGGGUGAUUCGCGCCCCUGUUCCCUGGCACUCAUCCUACAGUAGUGCCCAUGAAUGGAAUGAAAAUCACCUCUUCAUUGUGAACCCCAUGAUGUUGUCAUUGCAAAAACUCUGGAGUACUCAAUUCAGUGAGUUACGUUUUGUACGCACCAAGGAGAUACUGGCUGGCAAUUUGCCUCUGCUUCCUGCUGAAUUUGAAGAACUGGUUCAAAAGCAUUGCCUUGAAGCUCGGACUACAUUGCGAAAUAAAUGGAUCCCAAGUUGUGCUUCACUUUUUAUAUCCGAGAAGGAUAAGUGGAUUCAUUUAGUGCCCCACAAUGAGCACGACUCCACUUUGCAGGUACAAGAGUUUUUUGCAUGCGUCUCCUCUUUGAUGUCUCUGCAGCUGCGUGGGAUGAUCAUCAGCUCUCUUCAGGACCUACUGUCUUUUUUUACUAUACACAAGGAUGGAAACGAUUUUGGAGACACUUAUGAUGAGAUGAAAUUCUUUACCCCACAAAUUCUCAUUAUCAAGCUUGCAGUUGAAGAACCCAAAAUAUGUUUUGAUCCAGUCCUGGAGGAAUGCUGGAAUUUGAUAAAACGCUGCUUCCAGGAGAUAAUCAGAUGUGCUGAAGGACUUCCAAAAGUGGAAGUUGACCUUUUUCCAGACUUCCAGAUGGAUAACCGUACCCUCAGCUCCGUCAAACAGGAGGAAUCCUUAGUAUCUGAGUAUGUCAACAAAACACGGGACAUUUUUAACAUGAACAUAAUUGGUCCUCAGAAAUACUUGAAUGUUUAUAAAAAAUACAGUGACCUUUUAAACAAGAAAGCUCAGCAGGACAUUAUUACGUUUCUUAAGGAAAAGCAUUCGCUGCAGGCCUUCACUAAGCAAAUCAAUAACCUAUCACAGCUGCGGGGAGAUAUCGCUUCUAUGCAUGUGACCGUUCCACUCGCCAUGUUCUGUCUGGAUGCGUUACGCCUGAAUGAAGAUCUAUGUUUCAGAGCUGAAAAAUUAAAAAAUCGUCUCAUUCAAUUUGAAGUUGAUGAAAACAGAGAACUAAAUAAGAGCAUUUGUUCUAAAUACAGCAAAAUAGCAGAGAGAGUCAGCGAGGUGCCGGCGACCACUGCAGAUCUGGUUACACUUACUGAUUUCCUCAGAACCUCAAGUACUGUCACCGUUUAUAAGUUGAAGGAUGAGAUUUCGGAAGCAGCAAGUCGUUUAGCGUUUCUUCUGGAUUAUGCAACUCUCCAAUAUGAUGAUGUAAAGCUGAACAGCACUGUAUUUCAUUGGCCUGAACAAAUAGAAACAGUGUUUGAAGUCAAUAAUAACCGUUUAAUGGCCAGGCGAGACCAUGCUGAAGAUGAGCUACGCAAGAGGCGUUUAGAGUUUAAUAAUAUUCUCAACGGCUACAAUACAGAAAUAGAGGCUUUUAAAAAACGUGAGACAAUGACUAUGGAUGAGAUGAAAAAUAAUGUGGAAAAACUGAAGGAGCUGGAGCAGAACUUGACUGCAGCCCUUGCAGAGUUUGAGGCUAUCAACAAAGAAGAGGAGUUACUUGAAUGGGAGAAAAGUCAAUUCCCUUUGUUGCAAGAGAUAAUGAUAAACAAGGUGCCUUUUGAGCAACUCUGGGUAACUGCAUAUAAUUUCCACUGUAAAUCCGAGGAAUGGAUGAAUGAUGCAUUACAGGAAAUAAAUGCUGAGGACGUCACAGAAGAAGUGGGAAAUAUGUGGAGAACCAUGUACAAGCUGGCUAAGAGUUUUGCUGACUUACCAGGGCCCAGACGAGUAUCAGAAAAUGUGAAGUUCAAAAUUGAGAAGUUCAAAGUGCACCUACCCAUUGUAUCUGUCAUCUGCAACCGUGGGAUGAAAAGCCGACACUGGGAACAGAUCAGUGAAAUUGUAGGUUUUGAUAUCACUCCUACACCCAAUACAUCACUCAUUAAUAUGCUGGAGUAUGGAUUGUCAAAGUUUAUAGAGACACUGGAGCAGAUUGGGGCAUCAGCAAGCAAAGAAUACUCCUUGGAAAAAGCCAUGGAUAAGAUGAAAUCAGAGUGGUCCAAUAUGAGUUUUGAUGUAAUCAAAUAUCGAGAUACCAAUACAAGCAUCCUAUCAGCGGUCGAUGAUAUUCAGCUACUUCUUGAUGAUCACAUUAUUAAGACACAAACAAUGUGCGGUUCUCCGUUCAUUAAACCGAUUGAAACUGAAGCCAGAGAGUGGGAGCAGACACUUGUACUGAUACAAGAUAUUUUGGAUUCCUGGUUAAAGUGCCAGGCAACAUGGCUCUAUCUAGAGCCCAUCUUCUGCUCUGAAGACAUUAUAGCUCAAAUGCCAGAAGAAGGACGGAAGUUCGGUAUUGUAGACAGCACCUGGAAGGACAUAAUGUCAGAGGUGGUAAAAGAUACCAGAGUGCUUAUCGCGACCAAACAGCACAACAUGCUAGAAAGGCUUCAGGAAUCCAAUAUCCUCUUGGAAGACAUUCAGAAGGGCCUGAAUUCUUAUUUGGAAAAGAAAAGAUUAUUUUUCCCAAGGUUUUUUUUCCUCUCAAAUGAUGAGCUGCUUGAAAUCCUGUCAGAAACAAAAGACCCUCUGCGGGUGCAGCCCCACCUAAAAAAGUGUUUUGAGGGAAUUGCCAAGCUGGAGUUUACGGAGGACUUGGAAAUCACCGGCAUGAUCAGCUCGGAGAUGGAGACUGUCCCUUUUACGCAGAAAAUCUAUCCAGCAAAGGCUAAAGGCAUGGUUGAAAAAUGGCUUUUGCAAGUGGAAGAAAAUAUGUUGGCCAGUAUGAGACAAGUCAUUCAUGAUGGAAUAGAGGGCUAUGUUGAGGUUCCUCGGAAGCAGUGGGUCUUACAAUGGCCUGGCCAAGUAGUUAUCUGUGUCUCUUCUAUUUACUGGACAAAGGAAGUAUCAGAAGCCAUUGCUGAGAGCACUUUACCGGAUUUCCUGGAGAAAAGCAAUAAGCAGAUCAGUGAGAUAGUUGAGCUGGUCAGAGGGAAAUUGUCUAGUGGUGCUCGAGCUACUUUAGGUGCCCUCACUGUCAUUGAUGUUCAUGCUCGCGAUGUUGUUGCAAAGUUGGUACAAGAUAAAGUGUCCAACCUGAAUGACUUUCAGUGGAUCUCUCAACUGAGAUAUUAUUGGGAAAACUCAGAUGUCAUGGUCAGAAUGAUCACUACCGGAGCUAAGUAUGGCUAUGAGUAUCUUGGCAACUCACCCCGACUAGUCAUAACUCCACUGACAGAUCGAUGUUACAGAACUUUAAUGGGCGCUCUGAAGCUGAAUCUUGGGGGAGCUCCGGAGGGUCCUGCUGGGACUGGUAAAACUGAAACAACAAAAGAUCUUGCUAAAGCAUUAGCCAAACAGUGUGUCGUGUUUAAUUGCUCAGAUGGCCUUGACUAUAAAGCUAUGGGCAAAUUCUUCAAAGGCCUAGCGCAGUCUGGAGCCUGGGCCUGUUUUGACGAAUUCAACCGAAUUGAGGUGGAGGUACUGUCAGUAGUAGCCCAGCAGAUUCUAAGCAUACAGCAAGCAAUCAUAAGAAACAUGAAAACGUUCUUAUUUGAGGGAUCUGAACUUACGCUCAACCCAACCUGUUCCGUGUUCAUUACUAUGAAUCCUGGCUAUGCAGGUCGUGCUGAACUUCCAGACAAUCUAAAGGCAUUAUUCCGAACAGUCGCCAUGAUGGUCCCAGACUACGCACUAAUUGGUGAAAUAUCUCUUUAUUCCAUGGGAUUCUUGGACUCUAGAAGCCUGGCACAGAAGAUUGUUGCCACCUACAGACUGUGUUCAGAACAGCUGUCGUCUCAGCACCAUUAUGACUAUGGCAUGCGUGCAGUGAAAUCUGUCCUGACUGCAGCUGGAAACCUCAAGCUUAAAUAUCCAGAAGAGGAUGAGAGUGUGCUCCUACUGCGGGCACUACUGGAUGUCAACCUGGCCAAGUUCUUGGCUCAAGAUGUGCCUCUCUUUCAGGGCAUCAUUUCUGAUCUUUUCCCUGGAGUGGUUCUGCCAAAACCCGAUUACGACCUUUUUGUUCAGGCCCUGAAAGAGAAUAUUGCCAAGAUGAAGCUACAGCCUGUCCCAUGGUUCAUAGGGAAAAUAAUCCAGAUUUACGAAAUGAUGAUGGUGCGUCACGGCUUCAUGAUUGUUGGAGACCCUAUGGGGGGAAAAACUUGCGCUUAUAAAGUCCUGGCUGGGGCUCUUGCAGAUUUACACACAGCAAAAUCAAUGGAUGAAUAUGCCGUGGAGUUUAGAGUUAUCAAUCCAAAAGCCAUUACUAUGGGUCAGUUAUAUGGAUGUUUUGAUCCCGUAAGCCACGAGUGGACCGAUGGUGUAUUAGCAACUACUUUCCGAGAACAAGCAUCUUCCACAACGGAUGACAGGAAGUGGAUUAUAUUUGAUGGCCCUGUGGAUGCUGUAUGGAUAGAAAACAUGAACACUGUCUUGGAUGACAAUAAGAAGCUGUGCUUGAUGAGUGGUGAAAUCAUUCAGAUGAAUGCAAAAAUGAGCUUAAUUUUUGAGCCUGCAGACUUGGAGCAAGCCUCCCCAGCAACUGUGAGCAGGUGUGGGAUGAUCUAUAUGGAACCCCACCAGCUUGGAUGGAAACCUCUGAAAGAUUCCUACAUGAACACGUUGCCGGAAAACCUCACAAGUGAACACAAGGAAUUGAUUAAUGACAUGUUUAACUGGCUUGUUCAGCCGUGCUUGAAUUUUAUCCGUCUGGAAUGUAAAUUUCUGGUGCAGACUUCUCCUAUCCACCUGACAUUCAGUAUGAUGAGGCUGUACACCUGUCUACUUGAUGAAAUCAUAGGUUCCGGAGCAGACAGUAAUGACGCCAUGUCCAGCCAACAGAUCACAUUGUGGCUGCAGGGCCUUUUCCUGUUUGCUGUGGUUUGGACCAUUGGUGGAACCAUAAAUGCAGACAGCAGAAAGAAGUUUGAUGUUUUCUACCGUAACCUAUUGAUGGGAAUGGACGAUCAGCACCCUCGUCCCAAGAGCGUAAAACUAACUAAGAACAAUUUGUUCCCAGAGAAAGGUACUGUGUAUGACUUUUAUUUCCACAAACAAGCCAGUGGACAAUGGAACAUAUGGACUGAUUACAUUACUACAGAGGAAAUGACAAUUUCUCCCACUGCCAAGGUGUCUGAUCUCAUUAUACCUACAAUGGAAACUGCUAGACAGUCAUUUUUCUUACAUACAUACUUAGAACAUUCAGUUCCUUUGCUGUUUGUGGGAACAACUGGAACAGGGAAAUCCGCAAUAACAAACAGUUUUUUAAUAAAACUUCCAAAAAAUCAGUAUAUUGCCAACUGCAUCAACUUCUCAGCAAGGACAUCUGCAAACCAGACCCAGGACAUAAUAUUCUCCAAGCUAGAUCGGAGAAGAAAGGGCUUGUAUGGACCUCCAGUUGGAAAGAAGGCUGUUGUAUUUGUUGAUGAUCUGAAUAUGCCUGCAAAAGAAGUUUAUGGAGCCCAGCCACCCAUUGAGCUACUGAGACAGUGGAUAGAUCAUGGGCACUGGUAUGACAGAAAGGAUACCUCUCGGCUAGAUAUUGUUGAUAUCCUAUUUGUAUCAGCAAUGGGGCCCCCUGGUGGAGGGAGGAAUGACAUUACUGGCCGUUUCAUGCGCCACUUAAACAUAGUUUCUAUACAAGCCUUUGACGAUGAUAUACUAAUGAGAAUAUUUGGCUCAAUAUCGGAUUGGCACUUUGGAAAAGGAUUUGAUAUUUCAUUUCUGAGAUCCGGAAAACUUAUGAUACAAGCAACAAUGGCAAUUUAUAAAACAGCUGUUGAAAAGUUCCUACCAACCCCUUCAAAGUCUCAUUAUGUCUUCAACUUACGAGACUUUUCUCGGGUUGUACGAGGAGUAUUACUGUGUCCAUCUACUCACCUACAGGACAAUGAUAAAUUGAUUAGGCUUUGGAUACAUGAAGUUUAUCGUGUAUUUUAUGACCGAUUAAUUGACCCUGAGGACAGGCAGAUUUUCUUCAACAUGGUAAAAGAGACAACAUCCAGUUGCUUUAAGCAGAGUGUUGACAAGGUCCUAAGCCACCUGGCUCCUACUGGAAAAGUGGUUGAUGAUAAUAUACGAAGCCUCUUCUUUGGAGACUAUUUUAAGCAUGACAGUGACGUUAAAGUAUAUGAUGAAAUCACAGAUCUGAAACAGUUAACGACAGUCAUGGAAUACUACCUGGAUGAAUUUAAUAAUGUCAGCAAAGCUCCAAUGUCUCUGGUAAUGUUUAAAUUUGCUAUAGAACAUAUCUCAAGAAUCUGUCGGGUUUUGAAACAGGACAACGGUCACCUUUUGUUGGUGGGUAUAGGCGGAAGCGGCAGACAGAGCACUACCAAGCUGGCUACCUUCAUGAAUGCAUUUGAGCUCUUUCAAAUUGAGAUAACCAAGAACUACACCAUAAACGAAUGGCGAGACGAUGUGAAAAAAGUCAUGUUGCAAGCUGGGGUCACCGGCAAAAACACCGUCUUCCUGUUCUGCGAUAACCAAAUCAAGGAUGAGGUAUUUGUGGAGGAUAUUAAUAUGCUGUUGAACACAGGAGAUAUCCCAAAUAUCUUCCCAGCAGAUGAAAGAGCAGAAAUAGUUGACAAAAUGCAAUCCAUAGCCAGGACAGAAGGAAAAAAGAUUGAAGCCAAUCCUAUGGCUAUGUACAACUUCUUCAUCGAGAGAGUCAAGGCCAAUCUACACAUAGUGCUUGCAAUGAGUCCUAUUGGUGACGCCUUUCGCAAUCGGCUGCGCAUGUUUCCAUCAUUGAUCAACUGCUGUACCAUCGAUUGGUUCCAAACAUGGCCGACUGAUGCUUUACAAAUGGUGGCCCACAAAUUCUUGGAGGAUGUGGACCUUGAUGAUGACCUUAGGAAAGAGGUGGUCUCCAUGUGCAAGUAUUUCCAGGAAAGUGUGAAGGAGCUGUCGGACAGCUACUACAGCACUCUGCGUAGACACAAUUAUGUCACCCCUACCUCAUACCUGGAGCUGAUCCUUACUUUCAAGACCUUACUGAACAGCAAAAGACACGAGGUUGACACCAUGAGGAACCGCUAUCUCGUUGGCUUAGAGAAACUAAACUUUGCAGCGUCACAAGUCUCAGUUAUGCAGAAAGAGCUCACUGCGCUUCAACCAGAAUUGAUUAAAACUUCAGCUGAAACUGAGAAGAUGAUGAUUAAAAUAGAGAAGGAGACGGUGGACGUUGACGCUAAAAGGGAACUGGUGGCUGCAGACGAGAGGGUGGCUAAUGAAGCAGCCGCUGCUUCUAAAGCAAUUAAGGAUGAAUGUGAAGGAGACCUAGCUGAGGCCAUGCCUGCACUGGAAGCAGCAAUAUCAGCUCUUGACACACUGAACCCAUCUGACAUUUCCCUAGUGAAGUCUAUGCAGAACCCCCCAGGUCCCGUUAAGCUGGUCAUGGAGAGCAUCUGUGUGAUGAAAGGCAUAAAGCCAGACAGGAAGCCUGACCCAAGUGGAUCAGGUAAAAUGGUGGAAGACUUCUGGGGACCUUCGAAAAAAGUUCUUAGUGACCUGAAGUUUCUAGAAAGUUUGAAAGUCUUUGAUAAGGAAAACAUCAACCCUGCAGUUAUGAAGAAAAUCAGAGAUAAAUUUAUUAACCAUGAAGAUUUUCAUCCUUCUGUGAUUAAGAAUGUGUCCUCAGCUUGUGAAGGUCUUUGCAAGUGGGUCAGAGCCAUGGAGGUGUAUGAUCGUGUGGCAAAAGUGGUAGCUCCAAAACGUCAACGUCUUAAAGAAGCAGAGGCCAAACUGUUCAUACAAAUGCAGCAGCUGAAUACUAAGCGAGCAGAACUAAAGGCAGUGGAGGAUCGCUUACAAGCUUUGAAUGAUGAGUUCAGUGUUAUGAAUAACAAGAAGGAAGAGCUUGAGAAAAACAUAGAGAUCUGUUCUCAGAAGCUAGUCCGUGCUGAGAAACUGAUCAGUGGCCUUGGUGGGGAAAAAGAUAGAUGGACAGAAGCAGCACGAUUAUUAGGGAUAAAGUACACAAACCUUACCGGGGAUGUCCUCCUGUCCUCUGGAACUGUGGCUUACCUUGGUUCUUUUACAGUUGACUAUCGUCAACGUUGUCAAAGGAAGUGGCAUGCUUUAUGCAUAGAAAAAAAAAUACCCUGCUCAAAUAAUUUCGUUUUGAGUACUACCUUAGGUGAGCCUGUUAAAAUCCGGGCUUGGCAGAUAGCUGGUCUACCAGUUGAUUCCUUUUCUAUAGACAAUGGUAUUAUUGUCUCAAAUUCAAGAAGAUGGGCUUUGAUGAUUGAUCCACAAGGACAGGCCAACAAGUGGAUAAAAAACAUGGAGAAAGCCAACAAACUCUCUGUCAUCAAAUUGUCAGAUGCAACAUAUAUAAGAACUUUAGAAAAUGCUAUACAGUUUGGAAGUCCAGUUUUGCUUGAAAAUAUUGGAGAAGAAAUAGAUGCAGUUUUGGAACCACUAUUACUAAAACAAAUAUUUAAACAACAAGGGGUUGAUUAUAUCCGAUUGGGUGAAAACAUUAUAGAGUACUCCAAAGAUUUUAGACUUUAUAUGACAACUCGAUUACGAAAUCCACAUUAUCUUCCAGAAGUGGCCGUAAAGGUGUGUCUCCUGAACUUUAUGAUUACACCUUUGGGCCUUCAAGACCAACUUCUUGGCAUUGUAGCUGCAAAGGAAAAGCCAGAACUAGAAGAGAAAAAGAACCAACUCAUCAUUGAAAGCGCAGACAACAAAAAGCAGCUGAAAGAUAUUGAAGACAAAAUUUUAGAGGUUCUGUCCUCCUCAAAAGGAAACAUAUUGGAAGAUGAGACCGCUAUCAAAGUGUUGUCCUCUUCAAAACUGUUGUCUGAAGAGAUUUCAGAUAAGCAGCAAAUUGCCUCCGCCACCGAGAAGGAAAUUGAUGAAACACGAAUGGGGUACAAGCCAGUAGCCAUCCAUUCCUCCAUUAUAUUUUUCUGCAUUUCUGAUCUGGCCAAUAUUGAACCAAUGUAUCAGUAUUCAUUGACAUGGUUCAUUAACCUUUAUGUUCACUCACUUGCCCACAGUGAAAAAAGUGAAAACCUUCAAACGAGAAUAUCAAAUAUAAUUCAUCAUUUUACAAGAAGUAUUUACAACAAUGUGUGCAGGUCAUUGUUUGAAAAAGACAAGCUCUUAUUUUCACUUCUUCUGACAAUCGGCAUUAUGAAAGGCGAAGACAAAAUAGAUGAUGAAAUCUGGCGCUUUCUCUUGACCGGUGGAGUGGCACUUGACAACCCUUACCCAAAUCCAGCUCCUGAAUGGUUGUCUGAUAAAUCUUGGUCUGAAAUUGUACGUGCUUCCAGUCUCCAACCACUUCAUGGCUUGAUGGAUCAUGUUAAAAACAAUGUUUCAAAAUGGAAGAUGAUUUAUGACUCCCUUAAGCCCCAAGACAAAGCAUUUCCAGAUGAAUGGCAAGAAUUAACAGGAUUGAGUCGCAUGGUUAUACUCAGAUGUCUACGACCUGACAAAAUGGUCCCAGCAAUUCAGGAAUUCAUUACGGAAAACAUGGGCAAAACAUAUAUUGAGCCACCAACAUUUGACCUUGCAGGAAGCUAUUAUGAUUCAAACUGUUGCGCACCAUUGAUUUUUGUGCUAUCUCCUGGUGCUGAUCCUAUGGCAGGCUUGUUAAAGUUUGCUGACGACCUCGGCAUGGGAGGGGAAAACAUCCAGACAAUUUCACUUGGGCAAGGCCAGGGGCCAAUAGCAGCAAGGAUGAUCAGUCAGGCCAUUAAAGAUGGGACUUGGGUGGUCCUGCAGAACUGUCACCUGGCAACAAGCUGGAUGCCGUCUCUAGAAAAGAUAUGCGAGGAGACGAUUAUACCAGAGAAUACCAAUGAGAAGUUCAGGCUGUGGCUGACUAGUUAUCCCUCCGACAAGUUUCCCGUUAGCAUCCUCCAGAACGGCAUCAAAAUGACCAAUGAACCCCCAAAGGGCUUACGGGCAAAUUUGCUGCGCUCAUACUUGAAUGAUCCGAUAUCAGACCCCAUUUUCUUCAGCAGCUGCCAGAAGCCUGAGAUGUGGCAGAAACUGCUGUUUGGCCUCUGUUUUUUCCAUGCUCUCGUUCAGGAAAGAAGAAACUUUGGCCCAUUAGGCUGGAAUAUUCCAUAUGAAUUUAAUGAGUCUGACCUGAGAAUCAGCAUGCGCCAGACACAGAUGUUCCUCAAUGAGUAUGAGAUGGUUCCGUUUGAGGCUCUCACAUAUCUUACAGGUGAAUGCAACUAUGGAGGGAGAGUGACAGAUGACAAAGACAGGCGCCUUCUUAUGUCCCUACUAUCAAUAUUCUACAGUGAGGAGAUCCAGCAGGACAACUACCGGCUGUCUCCGGGAGAUGCUUACUUUGUGCCGCCAUAUGGCACCUACCAGUCCUGUGUAGAUUGCAUUAGAAGUUUACCACUAAUUACCCACCCGGAGGUGUUUGGCCUCCACGAGAACGCUGACAUCACCAAAGACAACCAAGAAACGAAUCAGUUAUUUGAUGGUGUCCUUCUUACUCUACCCAGGCAAACGGCUGGGAGCGGCAGAUCCUCCCAGGAAAUUGUUGAAGAUUUGGCAAGAGAUAUACUCAACAAAUUACCACAUGAUUUUAAUCUGGAGAUUGUAAUGGAGAAAUAUCCUGUUGUCUAUGAAGAGUCAAUGAAUACAGUACUUAGACAGGAAUUAAUCCGCUUUAACAGGCUCACAGAAGUUGUGCGGAACAGUCUGAUAAAUUUGGGCAAAGCAAUCAAAGGCCAAGUGUUGAUGUCAUCAGAGCUGGAGAAUGUGUUUAACAGCAUGCUGGUAGGAAGGGUGCCUGCUAUGUGGGCAGCCAAAUCCUACCCCUCCUUAAAGCCCCUGGGCAGCUAUGUGUCUGACUUGCUCAGCCGACUGCAGUUCCUACAGGACUGGAUAGACAACGGCCCACCCAAAGUAUUCUGGAUUUCCGGAUUUUAUUUUACUCAGUCAUUUCUGACAGGCGUCUCCCAGAAUUAUGCCAGAAAAUAUACCAUUCCCAUUGAUCACAUUGGCUUUCAGUUUGAGGUGACCUGUCAUGAAAACACCAUGGACAAGUUUCCCGAAGAUGGUGCUUACAUUAAAGGACUCUUCCUAGAAGGGGCACGGUGGGAUAGACAGGAGAUGCAAAUUGGAGAAUCUCUUCCCAAAAUACUGUAUGAUUCUUUGCCUAUCAUUUGGCUUAAACCAGGAGAAACGUCAACUUUUCUGCAUGAGAACUUAUAUUUUUGCCCUGUGUAUAAAACCAGCGCAAGGCGAGGAACACUGUCAACAACCGGACAUUCCACCAACUACGUCCUCUCCAUAGAACUUCCCACCAGCAAGCCCCAGAAGCACUGGAUAAAUCGUGGUGUGGCUGCCUUGUGCCAGCUCGAUGAUUAGGCCAUGGAAGAAAUAUCUUCAGUCUCUUCCCAUGAGUUAUCUAUUUAUUGCACAUUAUAUUUCUAUUUCAUAAUCUGAAAUACCACACAAGCAAUAUUGUAAUAUAUGUCUAAACUGUGCAUAUACUUCCAUAUAGGUUGCACAAAUAAAUAUUCAAAUGCA